AUGUCAUACGUAUCGCUUCUGGGAGUGGCGCUCAGCAUAUCGGUCGCCACUAUUGGUGCCGGGGUGCUGGCAAUACCAGCCACAUUUGAGUCCGACGGGAUUGCGCUCGUGGCACUCACCCUACUCGCCGUCGCCGUUUUCACCGUCUUCUCCAUCGAUUUUCUAAUCUUGUGUAUUGACAAGCUGGGCGCGAACAGCUACGAGGAGAUAUCUGACGUGCUACUGGGGCGCGUCUUCAAGGAAGUCAUACGCUGGAUGCUGAUUGUGUACAACAUCGGUACCGCCGUCGGAUACAUUGUUGUCAUUGGCGAGAUCUUCACUCCGAUGCUGCCGGUGAUCCGCUUGUACGUACCGUGGCUCUCGUCAUCAUCGCAUAUCAUGAUCGCAUCAUGGACGCUGGUGAUGCUGCCUUUCUCGUGCUUUCCAAAGGUGUCGCACUUGUACGUGACCUCACUCCUAGCCAUCGCAGCAACCUUCUUUAUCUCUGGCAUCAUCGUCUACCGCUACUUUGUGCCACUGAGCUUCACCCAGGCUACGAGGAACUCAGAAGAAGGUAUCAAGUACUUCCGCUUUUCUUGCCGGUCGCUCCUGACACUGCCUGUGGUGAUGUUUGCCUUCGAUUGCCAGUCUCUCGUGUUUCAGGUGUACGCCGGAUUGAACUACCCCUCGCGAUACAGCAUGGCAAAAGUGGCCACUGCUAGCGUGCUCGUCACAAGUCUUGUCUACGGUGUGGUCGGUUUCUUUGGGUACGUGACUAACACACCGCACGUGCGUGGCAACAUCUUGACAAACUACAACCCGAUACGUGAUCAUCUCUUUGCCAUCGGUGAAACUUUCUACUCCAUCACCGUGAACGUCGCCUACGUGUUGAUCCUCAUGCCGUGCCGCGACGCAAUCUUUCAAAUGUGGUACGGCUUCAGCCACACCCACGAGUUCUUAGAGAUCCCCCAGUACAGCAACCUCCUUGUGAGUGUUCUGCUAUCGUUUCUUUGUCUGUGCCUCGCCCUACUGGCGCCAGGUUUCUUGUACAUUGUGGCGCUCAUGGGCGCUUUCUGUAGCAGCACGUUGUGCUUCACGUACCCGGCCCUUUUCCGGCAGCGUCUUCACGUUCUCGGACUGGCGCCGUAUACCGGGUACGAGCACUUCGCCGUGUGGGCCAUGUACUUCUUUGGGUUUGUCGGUUUCAUGAUGGGGCUCUUCGCCCUUGCUGGGGUGUAA